GUGUAUCCCUGGCCCCGGCUCUUCCACUUGGGCCGCGACAUGGCGAUGGGGUAGUUCCUCCUGGGCAUGAUCAGCAAGCGGAUGACCUUCUCGAUUCCAUUCACGAUGAAGUAGCCUCCCAUUUCCUGGAAGAGAGACGCCGUGUCAUUCCUGAGGACGUACCUCUGCUUCCUCGUGGUGUUCCACCAGCUGUUUGGGCGACAUGCCGUGUAAGUUACACAGCUUGGACUUCACCAUGACGGGCACUUGACCCAAAGACUGCUUGAUGAUGCCUUUGGGAACGCCAUUGAUGGACCAGGAGCAUCUUCUUCCCCGACACUCUGCCGGGAACACCCUCAACUCCCUGCAGACGCUGCCUUUGGCGACCACAGGCUGGUUGAUGGCCACCUCCACGAACGCCAGGCUGAUCUUGUCAUUUUUCACCAUGAACUCCACAGACCCCUGUGAAAAAGCUCGACCCCCUUAGCUGCAGGAAUGGCGCUCUAAGAUGAAGGAAAAGCCAAAGCCCCCCUACAUUAAAGUCGAAGAUGAGGAGCUAGAGGCCCCCCACAUUAAGGUGGAAGAGGAGGAGGCAGAGACACCCCACAUUAAGGUGGAAGAGGAGGAGGCAGAGACCCUCCACAUUAAGGUGGAAGAGGAGGCGCACAGCUUCAGUCAAGGCCUAGAGAAGGUCCCAGUUGUUGGUGUCCCUGUGAAGAGUGAAGAUGACCAAGUCAAAGACGUCUGUGAAGAAGAGCUUAGCUGCAGAAGUGGAGUUUUAGAAUGGAUCAGGAGGAACCAAAGCCCUCCCACAUUAAAGUGGAAGACGAGGAGCCAGAGGCCCUACACAUUAAAGUGGAAGAGCAGGAUGCAGAGACACCAUACCUUAAAGUGGAAGAGGAUCAGCCAGAGGCCCCUCACAUUAAAGUGGAAGAGGAUCAGCCAAAGGCUCCUCACGUUAAAGUGGAAGAGGAUCAGCCAGAGGCUCCUCACAUUAAAGUGGAAGAGGAUCAGCCAAAGGCUCCUCACAUUAAAGUGGAAGAGGAUCAGCCAGAGGCUCCUCGCAUUAAAGUGGAAGAGGAUCAGCUAGAGGCUCCUCACAUUAAAGUGGAAGAGGAGGAUGCAGAGGCCCCUCGCAUUAAAGUGGAAGAGGAUCAGCCAGAGACUCCUCACAUUAAAGUGGAAGAGGAGGAUGCAGAGGCCCCUCGCAUUAAAGUGGAAGAGGAGGAUGCAGAGGCCCCUCGCAUUAAAGUGGAAGAGGAUCAGCCAGAGACUCCUCACAUUAAAGUGGAAGAGGAGGAUGCAGAGGCCCCUCGCAUUAAAGUGGAAGAGGAGCCGCACAGCAUCAGUCAAAAGGUGCUUGGAGGUGUGGAGAAGUUCCCAGUGAUUGGUGUCCCUGUGAAGAGUGAAGAUGACCGAGACAAAGGUGGAAGUGAGGAGAAGAGGGAGGCGGAGCCUCCAAGCAGCAACUCGGCUCAACAAGUGAGGACAGAAGCUGAGGGAGACCACCGUGGAGCAGCUCAACAAGUGAGGACAGAAGCUGAGGGAGACCACUGUGGAGCAGCUCAACAAGUGAGGACAGAAGCUGAGGGAGACCACUGUGGAGCAGCUCAACAAGUGAGGACAGAAGCUGAGGGAGACCACUGUGGAGCAGCUCAACAAGUGAGGACAGAAGCUGAGGGAGACCACUGUGGAGCAGCUCAACAAGUGAGGACAGAAGCUGAGGGAGACCACUGUGGAGCAGCUCAACAAGUGAGGACAGAAGCUGAGGGAGACCACUGUGGAGCAGCUCAACAAGUGAGGACAGAAGCUGAGGGAGACCACUGUGGAGCAGAUCAACAAGUGAGGACAGAAGCUGAGGGAGACCACUGUGGAGCAGCUCAACAAGUGAGGACAGAAGCUGAGGGAGACCACUGUGGAGCAGCUCAACAAGUGAGGACAGAAGCUGAGGGAGACCACCGGGGCGCAUCUCAACAAGUGGGGACAGAAGCUGAGGGAGACCACUGUGGAGCAGCUCAAGCAGAUGACAUCUCAGCUGCAGAAGUCUGUAAAGAAAAGCUUACCCCCCCUGAGCUGCAAAAGUGGAGCUCAAGAGUGGAGCAUGAGGAGCCUCAUCCCCCCCUUAUUAAAGUGGAAGAGGAGGAGACAGAGGCCCCCCUCCACAUUAAAGUGGAAGAGGAGCUACACUGCAUCAGUCAAGUCCCGGUGAUUGGUGUCCCUGUGAAGAGUGAAGGUGAUGAGGUUAAAGGUGAACGUGAGGAAAAGAGAGAGGUGGAGCCUCCAAGCAGCUUCUCAGCUCAGCAAAAGACAACAGAAUCUGAGGGAGACCACUGUGGAAGAGCUCGGGCAGAGAACUUCUCAGCUGCAGAUAUGUUGUCGCACUCUACUGGCGCUGACGAUGACGACUUAAAAGCUGACAAGACACGCUUUAAAUGCUCUCAGUGCGACAAAAGCUUUAGCCAGCGGUGUCAUCAGCGAAGACACACAAAAACACACACUGGAGAGAAACCAUUUCGCUGUUCGGUGUGCAAAAAAUGUUUUAGACGGAGAGAUGAGUUUAAAAUCCACGUGGAAAAACACACUGGGGGAAUAUCGUUUUCCUGUUCAGCCUGCGGUAAAAGUUUUGCACACAAAAGCAAACUAAAAAGACACAUGAAAACGCACUCCGGGAAGAAACCUUAUACAUGUUCAUUCUGCGGUCAGGAAUUCACUGCAAAGCAGAGCUUGAAAACACACCGAAGAAAACACACUGGGGAGAAACCCUUCUCCUGUUCAAUCUGCGGUAGAGGUUUUGCACGGAAUUCGCACUUGGUAAGACACGCACAAAUACACACGGAAGAGAAACCUUUUUUCUGUUCAGUCUGCGGUGUGGGCUUCAGAAGAAACCAUUAUUUGCUCCAACACAUGAGAAGACACACCGGUGAGAAAGCGUUCAGUUGUGGUGUGUGCAAUGCAAGGUUCUCUUAUAAGUACCAGGCUAACAACCACAAGUGUGCAGGAGCAGUGGGGGGGAAGAAAAGCUGUGGGACUUUAAAUAAGCUGUCAACAUAAAACUCCAAACUACGGCCCGCAGGCCAGAUAGCGUCCAAAAUCCGGCCGCAGUUAGU